CUUUUUUUAGAUGCUGAUUACCAUAAUACACAAAUUAGAUAAUUUAUUUCUCAUCAAUUGAAACAACAAUGAUUUUACUCUAUGUGUGGAUAUUGCUUGUUGGAGAAGCAUUUAGUUUCAUAUCUAUAAAGGUUGAAUCUCCUGUUGUGAAGAUUGAUAAAUCAGAUAUAGACAUCAGGUGUAUCGUUGAUGGUACCUACCUAUCUAAGGUUAUCAGUAUUCAACUGAAGAGAUCUAGCAAAAGAGUUGUGACUGUACGGCAAAACAGCGUCGUCUGGGAUGCAGCGUUGGAAAAUAAAACCGGGGUCACAGUCAAUGCGUCAGUUAGCAAUGUCAUGUCAUCGUAUCUACAUUUGGAGAUUCCAAAGACAGUGGUCAGAUAUCCAGAGGACAUGGGGUCGUAUCAGUGCUUUCUGGCCGCUGUAGACUCACUCGGUGGAUUGGUAAUAGAUCACUCUCUGAUUGUGAAUAUAACAGGUCAGUACACACACAUGCAUGUAUAA